AUUCACCCUAAAUUUUGCAUCUUGAAAUCACGGCUGCCUUGCUCCAGACCUGACCCUGCUACACGUGGAAGAGCAAAUCUAAUAAAACAGGAGCUGGGAAGAAAAUGGGAGCAGGGAUAAAGUAUCAAACAGGUUUUGCUUUGCUUCUGCUGAGACUCUGGAUCGUGCCAUCAAAUAAUCUCCCCAGAGGCGAGAGAAAAGCCCCGAUAUCGGAUGACCUUAAUGCACAAACUCUGAUUUCCCAAUCCUCGUUUUUUAGUUUAACGAUGAGGCCAGUUGUGACGAAGUGCCAGGCAUUGCUUUGAUGUGGAUUUAUUGAUACCCCUGUUAAAAGGCUAAGUGGAGGGGAGCGAGCCAGGCGUUAAAUAGAAGCGGACAGCUCGGGAAGCAAAGCAGGCAUUCUCGUGUGACUGGGAGCUUGGUUUUCAUGAAAUGAAAUUUACGGAUGUUCAACACAUUAAAAGCAAAGCACGGAAACUGCAAAAUAAUUCGUUGUGCAACCCUCAUCAACACCUCCCCCUUCCCCAAACUGUAUUUGAUGGCCCAGGGGCUGAUCCUAUUGUCCCUAGGGGUUUUAGGAGCUUUCUCACUGAUGUUGAUGCUUCUCUGCACCUCCCUGAUGAAUUUUACUCCAAUUCCUUAAGAUCAGAUGUACAUGAUAUGGCACAGAGCAAAAAAAUAAAAGCAGUUGCCCUCCCAAAGCCCUAGCGAUCGAGCCAAAACUGAUGCAACCCCCACCCCCCAACAACCCCAGAAGACACAGAUCCUGCAAGCUGGGGAUGGACAACUUGAAUUUUCCUACAUCCCAGUGGUCUGAUAUCUAGAAACCAUCACUGCGCAAGACCAGGUCUCUGGUGGCUUGAAUGUCCCAUCCUCUCCGGAGGUCUAUUUGCAUCCCGUGAUGCCUUUCUGCUCCCAAAGUCAAUCAGUGUCACCCAAAAUACAUUUUAACCUGGGAGCUACAAAGCGUUUGGCAGUAGGCGUCGAUACGAUGGUUGCAAGAGCAGCUUUAUCUCAAGGCAAUCUGGGCUCCCGCACCCACCAGCACCCGUGACUUUAUUCUGCGGCCCCGUCCAUCCUCCGAUUUCUGAGCAUUUUGGGGGAGCUCAAGACCCAGCUGAAGGGUUGUGUAUCCCCAUCCGUCAUCUGGAGACCCCGACCUAGUGCUGAAGCUCGUGGGGAAAUCUCUUUUGGGGGGCUUUGUGGCACUUCAUCUGUUAGAAGAUACCUGCUCUCUCCAAGCAGCGGGACCAUGCUGGAGGAUGAGGAUGGGAUGAGCGAGAGAGGGCUCAGCAGCUCGAGGAGGAGAUAUGAAGAUGAGGAAGAUUACCACUCCAUCUACAUCGGGGUGCCGGUGCCGCGGGGCUACCGGAGGAAACGGCGUCGGCGAAGAUCUGCCUCCAGCCGGGAUAGGACGAGCGAGAGCGAGCGGCACUACGAGCGCCAGGAUCGCUCCGACACCGAUGAUGGUGGCCACGGCUGCUACGAGAGCGGCAACGACAACGCCAGCAGGACCAUGUCACCAGCUGCCGAACGCCUUCGCUACAUCUUGGGGGAAGACGAUGAGCCUCCCAACCCCACGCUCUUCACGGAGAUGGACACGCUCCAGCACGACGGCGAGGAGAUGGAGUGGAAAGAGUCAGCCAGGUGGAUAAAGUUUGAAGAAAAGGUGGAAGAAGGUGGCGAAAGGUGGAGCAAGCCCCACGUGUCCACGUUGUCUUUGCACAGCCUGUUUGAGCUGCGGACGUGUCUACAGACAGGAACGGUGCUCCUGGACUUAGAUGGCUACUCUUUGCCCCAGAUUAUAGAUGAUGUCAUUGAGAAGCAGAUUGAGGACGGUCUGCUCAAGCCGGAGCUGCGGGAGAAGAUAAGCUACGUGCUCCUCAGGAAGCACCGUCACCAAACCAAGAAGCCAAUCCACCGGUCUUUGGCCGACAUCGGCAAGUCCGUCUCCUCCAACACAACCCGCAGCCCCGUCCGGAGCCCGGCCGCCGGUGCCGCCUUCCACCGCUCCACCGAGGACCUGCGGAUGCGGCAGAGCGCGAGCUACGGCCGCUUGCGUCACGCGCAGAGUCGAAGCAUGAACGACAUCUCGGACACGCCGAGCACCGACCAGCUGAAGAACAAGUUCAUCAAGAAGAUCCCAAAGGAUGCAGAGGCCUCCAACGUGCUGGUGGGAGAAGUGGAGUUCCUGGAGAAGCCCUUUGUGGCUUUCGUGCGGCUCCUCCAGGCGACGAUGCUGGGAGGGGUGACGGAGGUGCCCGUCCCCACCAGGUUCCUCUUUAUUCUCCUUGGUCCCGCGGGAAAAGCCAAAUCUUACAAUGAGAUCGGCAGAGCCAUCGCAACCCUCAUGGUGGAUGAUCUCUUCAGCGACGUUGCCUACAAAGCCCGGGAUAGAGAAGACCUGAUCGCCGGCAUAGAUGAGUUUCUGGAUGAAGUCAUCGUCCUGCCACCUGGCGAGUGGGACCCCAACAUUAGGAUUGAGCCACCCAAAAAAGUGCCCUCGGCUGAGAAGAGGAAAUCGGUUUUCUCGCUGAACGAAGUGGGGCAGAUGAACGGCACGGCCGGUGGGGCGGGCGCCGGGGGUGGCGGAGGAGGCAGCGACGAUGGGGAGAUGCCUGAAGUUCACGAAAUCGGGGAAGAGCUCGCGUGGACCGGCAGGUUUUGCGGUGGCCUCUAUUUGGAUAUCAAGAGGAAGCUGCCCUGGUUCCCGAGCGACUUCUAUGAAGGCUUUCAUAUCCAGUCCAUCUCUGCUAUCUUGUUCAUCUACCUGGGCUGCAUCACCAACGCCAUCACGUUUGGGGGCUUGCUUGGGGAUGCUACAGACAACUACCAGGGCGUCAUGGAGAGCUUCCUCGGCACGGCGAUGGCAGGCUCCAUGUUUUGCCUCUUCGCUGGGCAGCCGCUCAUCAUCCUCAGCAGCACCGGCCCCAUCCUCAUCUUCGAGAAGCUGCUCUUUGACUUCAGCAAAGGCAACGGCAUCGACUACAUGGAGUUUCGCCUCUGGAUUGGCUUGCACUCUGCCCUACAGUGCCUUAUCCUGGUGGCCACCGACGCCAGCUUCAUUAUAAAGUACAUCACCCGCUUCACAGAAGAAGGCUUCUCCACCCUCAUCAGCUUCAUCUUCAUCUACGACGCCAUCAAGAAGAUGAUCGGAGCCUUUAAGUACUAUCCCAUCAAUUCGGACUUCAAGCCCGACUACGUGACCAUGUACAAGUGCGAGUGCGUUGCUCCUGACCCAGCCAACGCGACCUUGUUUGAUGCUUCAGCUCCAAUGGCACCAAACACCACUAACGUUUCUCUGUACAAUGCUAUUAACCUAACAGCUCUGGACUGGACUCAGCUGAGUAAGAAGGAAUGUCUCAAAUAUGGUGGCAGCUUAGUGGGGAAAUCCUGUAAAUUCGUGCCCGACCUGGCCCUUAUGUCCUUCAUCCUCUUCUUCGGGACCUACUCCAUGACCUUGACCCUGAAAAAAUUCAAAUUCAGCCGCUAUUUCCCCACCAAGCUGCGUAAACUUAUUAGCGAUUUCUCUAUCUUUAUGUCCAUACUAAUGUUUGUGGGGCUGGAUGUGCUUUUCGGACUCAACACCCCAAAGCUCCAAGUGCCUACUGAUUUUAAGCCCACCCGCGUGGACCGAGGGUGGUUCGUCUUUCCCUUCGGGAAGAACCCGUGGUGGGUUUACCUGGCGAGCGCCCUGCCCGCCCUCCUCGUCACCAUCCUCAUCUUCAUGGACCAGCAGAUCACAGCCGUCAUCGUCAACAGGAAGGAGCACAAGCUGCGGAAAGCAGCGGGUUACCACCUGGACCUGUUCUGGGUGGGCAUCCUCAUGGCCGUCUGCUCCUUCAUGGGGCUGCCCUGGUACGUGGCAGCCACCGUCAUCUCCAUCGCCCACAUCGACAGCUUGAAGAUGGAGACAGAGACCAGCGCCCCGGGGGAGCAGCCCCAGUUCCUGGGUGUCAGGGAGCAGAGAGUGACUGGCAUCAUCGUCUUUGUGUUGACGGGGAUUUCUGUCUUCCUGGCCCCUAUCCUGAAGUACAUCCCCAUGCCAGUGCUUUACGGCGUCUUUCUGUACAUGGGCGUUGCGUCGCUGAACGGCAUCCAGUUUUGGGACCGCUGCAAGCUCUUCCUCAUGCCAGCCAAGCACCAACCCGACUACGUCUUCCUCCGGCACGUGCCGUUGCGUCGCAUCCACCUCUUCACGCUGGUGCAGAUCGUCUGCCUGGCCAUCCUCUGGAUCCUCAAAUCCACCGUGGCCGCCAUCAUCUUCCCCGUCAUGAUUUUAGCCCUGAUCCUGGUGAGGCGGCUGCUGGAUUUUGUCUUCUCCCAACACGACCUGGCCUGGAUUGACAACAUCAUCCCCGAGAAGGAGAAGAAGAAGGAGGAUGACAAGAAGAAGAAGAAAAAAGGCAACAAAGGAGAUAGCAGCAGCGAUGAGGAGGAAAGAGGUCCUCCACCUGGAGCUUUGCGUUCUGAUUCCUCCCCGAACGGUUCAGACCUGGAUCGCAGUAUUACGCUUCACCUGAAGAUUUCGUGCCCGUCGUCUCCUGCAUUUAACUACUCCCGAAACCCCAUCUGCGCCGUGCCCCAGGUGAAGAUAGAGAUGGAGUCGGACUACGAGGAUACCGACACUGAAAAACCACCUCGGGACAUGGGCAGUGAGACCACGCUAUAGUCCCGCGCAGCGCUUCCUCUGCUAUUUAUAUAUAUAUAUAGAUAUUUAUAUAUUCAUAUAUAUAUAUAAAGCAAAUUGGGCUUAUUUUUCUAUGUGAGGAGGAGGAGACCGGUGGCCCCAGGGGUCCGUCGCUCCAGUAGUUUUUAGCGUCACGAGUUAAACGCGUUGUUGAAUUUUCUCCCUUUCUGCCGGGCGAAGGCGUCGCCGCUGGUGGCGAAACGGGGCUGAAAAGGUGGAAUUGGCGAUUUUGGCCUCCGCUCGCCCUGGAGCCGUUGCUGGGCUGGAGAAGCUGAAGGUGGUUGGGGCUGUGGGAGCAGCCGGGAUGCGGAUAGGGCUGACGGGGAAGGGGACUGUGCCGGGGUGACGUUUUCAAGGUGGAUUUUUGGGGCGAGGAGGAGGUGUGCAUGGCUGAGAAGGAAAGGGGAGCGUGCAUCCCUGCUCCCCAAUCCCUGAAAUCGCAACGCGGCUCUCGGGGAGUCUCGUUUCGUGAAGGGGUCGGUGCGUCGGGCUUUGUGUCGGCAGGAGGACGCCGGUCCAAGCCCACGGCACCGGGGAGUCCCUUCUUGAGGCACAGCAUCCCAGGCGUGGUGGUGGGGAUGCAGGAGGGACCCGCCGGCCGUGGAGGGACCCCGGCUCUGCCCCCCCCGGGCUGGAUGUGUAGGAGGGUACGAGGAGGUACGGCAGGGCUGUAAAGGAGCCGGUGGCCCGGAGCUGUGCCCCAAGAAGGAGGAAAAGCAGCUCAGGUUUAAGGUUGUUGCCGCUUGAGGGUAACAGCAGACGGGCCGCGGUGGGAGAGCGGAGCAGGGAACGGGGCUUCGGUUUCCGCAGGGAAUCAGGAAUGGUUUCUGCAGGCAGCGGGGGACGGUUUCUGCCGGAAAACGGGAUCGGUUGCUGCAGCGAAGCCGUUUGGUCUCCCAUCCCCAUGUCCUCACCCGCAGUUUUCCCAGGGCCACCCCUGGCCCCAGUAACAGCCGUAUCUCUUCCUCCGGACGGGGAGCGAGACGUGCCCGAGCCGUUCUCUCGCUGGAGGACCCUGCUCUGCCUGCCCGGCCCCUGCGCGAGGGGCUUUGCGCCCACUUUAGCUCCUCGAUCCUGGGUAUUCGCACACGGUUUAACAGCAAGCGGCUCGUAACGGGGAGGGGAGAGCAAGCGUGUCCCCCCGCCACGUACCCACCUGUGCUUUCAGGCUCGCAUCCAGCAGCUCCCCGCUUGGUCUCCGGUCGGCAUUUCGGCUCCGCAAAGGGCUCUUCCCACCCGUCGCUGCCUUUGGGGUCUCUGGGAAGGGAAGGGAGCAGGUUAGGAGUCAGCGUGGGCACUGAGCUCGGUUUGGCUCUGCCCGGCUCUCACCACCUCUUUUUUCCAGCAGCGCCAGGGCAGUAAUGAGGCUUUUAAAGGUGUGGGGGUUUUUUUUUCCUUCCAUGGGCUACACCCAGCUGUGGUUUAGAAACACUGGUCUGAAGCAAUCCUCUCAAAUCUGUUGCUUUUUCUCAUUUUUGCUAGAUGCGUUCUUUAUUUUUUCUCUGUUUCAAACCUCACAGAGCCCCAACCCUUCCCCCAAGCCGAACAGCGUACCUGAUAUUUAUACCAGCCGUACGGGGGUCUCUGGGACACCAAUUAAAUAUUGCAACUGGUCUGAACCUUUGUGUGGGACAGAUCCCAGUUCUCUGUAAAUAGCCAAGUCCAACAAAGACUCGAAGGCAAUUUCCUAUUUAUAGCAAUUUUUUCUGGUUCAAGUACACCUCCUUGGGGAAAUGUGGUGAGAUAAAUAACACAGUAUUAUUACACCCACCACCACUUAAGCGAGAGCCAUGUAGCUUGACGUUAACAUUAAGAACUAUUUCAACUUGAACGCAUCGUGUCUAUUUUGUAGCAUUUUGUACCAAUCUCCUGUGUGGUAGCUGAAGCGCGGUACAGGUAGGCUUACGAUUUUAAUCAAACAGGUUCAUUUGCUUUAGCCGGUACUUCAGCUCUACUACCCCAUGCCCCCAGAAAGGCUUUGUGGACUCUGGUAGAUGUUUCAUAGAGCUGAAGCCACUCUAGCAUCCAGCUUGUUUUGACUAAAUUUGUCCUUUUUGCAAGGUUCACACAUGGUUUCUACUUUUUGUAUAUGAAAACAGUGGAGCAUCUCAGAUUUGCCACCUCCAUUACAGUACCACUUUAGCCAUUUUGUAUUUAUCAGUGAUACAACCCAAUAAACCUCAUUUCAAUGAGUCUCA